AUGGAGUCCACGAGUCCCUCCUGUUGCCUGAGCGCAGUGGACUUCAUCCUGGAGGUGCCCAAGCCACCUGUGGCUGAGCAGGAGAAAGUGUCAGAAGAGGAGAAGGAAACUAAAGAUGUGCCCCAGGAGGUGAAAGAGGCAAAAGAGGAGGAGAAGAAGAUGGAGGAGGUGAUCCCAGAGGUUGCAAAGGAGGAGGCUGAGAAGGAGAUCACAGGGGCACCUGAAAGUGAGGUGAAAGUGGAGGAGGAGCUUAUAGUGGAGAAGGAGCAGGAGGAAGCAACUCUGGAUGAAAGUGUCCCGGAGCCCGAAGAACCCGAGAGGGAGCCGUCACCUCAGACUGACCGUGGUGAUGCUCCUGCUGAGCCUGUCACUUUGCAGAGCUCCGAGGAGGUCGUGCUGGAGCAGGCAGAGGAAGUCAGCAUCAGCACCAAGCGGAGAGGCCCAGAGGAGGACCAGGAGGCAGAGGACCACAAGAAGAGUCGAGUUGAGGAGGGGAAGGAAGGGGAGCCGCCGGCAGAGCAAGAGGAGGAAGACCUGCGUGGCUACUUCAAAGCAGACGGAGUAGAGUUCGAGGUGAACUUCAAGAGGCAGAAACCAGAAGCCAACGACAAAGAUGACACUGAAGAAGAAGAACAGUACUUUUUUGACUCCCACCCGCCACCACCUGCUCCUUUUGGUCACCGGAUUGUGUCUGCAAAGCCAAACCAGAUCAACAACUUCUAUAGCAUCAACAGACAAGAAGUUCUUGGAGGAGGUCGUUUUGGUCAGGUGCACAAAUGCAUAGAGAAUUCUUCUGGACUCACCCUUGCAGCCAAGAUAAUCAAAGCCAGAAGUCCAAAAGAAAAGGAGAUGGUGAAAAAUGAGAUUCAAGUCAUGAAUCAGCUGGAUCAUGCCAAUCUAAUCCAGCUCUAUGCUGCAUAUGAGUCCAGGAAUGACAUCAUUCUUGUCCUAGAAUAUGUGGAUGGUGGUGAGCUGUUUGACAGGAUCAUUGAUGAGAACUACACUCUGACAGAGCUUGACACAGUGAUGUUCAUCAGGCAGAUCUGUGAGGGACUACGCCACAUGCACAAAAUGUACUUCCUCCAUCUGGAUCUGAAGCCUGAGAACAUUCUCUGUGUCAGCCGAGUCACAAACAAGAUCAAGAUCAUUGACUUUGGGCUAGCUAAGAAAUAUAACCCCAGAGAGAAGUUACGAGUGAAUUUUGGCACACCUGAAUUCUUGGCUCCCGAGGUGAUUAACUACGAGUUUGUCUCGUUCAACACAGACAUGUGGAGCUUGGGAGUCAUCACGUACAUGCUCCUCAGUGGUCUGUCCCCGUUCCUUGGAGACGAUGAUAGUCAGACUCUUAAUAACAUUCUCCAAUGCCAGUGGAACUUUGAGGAAGACGAGUUCAAUAGCAUAUCAGAGGAGGCCAAGGACUUCAUCUCUAAACUUCUUCUCAUCAACAAAAGUUGGCGGAUAGGUGCUGCGGAGGCUCUCAGACACCCAUGGUUGUCAGAUCCAGCCGUCCAUCACCGCCUUCAUGAAAAGAAGAACAUGUGCCGCUCACGCCGGGGCUCAUGUCUGCCUCCUCCUGAGAGCUAAUGUCUUUGGAGAAAUACAGUGGCUCACUGGACCAAUCUGCUGUAGAUCGUCAGUCAUGUACAUCAGUAGGAUUGUAGCACAUUACCCAACCUGAUUGCUUGGACAGCCACUGAUUUGAUUAACAUUCAUAUUCACAGACCACAAUGAACAUUUUAGCUGUAUAGUACUCACAUGUAUAGUAUCACAAAUCCUGAAAGUUAUGAGUCUACGAUUGAGUAUGGUCUCGACUCAUCUAUCUGUUAUGUGUUGUGUUUUGUGUGUGUUGUGGGAUUUGGACUGAAAGUAAUGUCCUAUCAGUCAUUUAUUAAUCUUGUUCUAUGAAGAGUAGUGGUAGUAGUAGUAGUUGUAACAAAACAAAACUAAAUAAAACAAAACAAUGAUAAUAAUAAUAAUAAUAAUAAAAAUAGUUCCAUGGUGAUACUAACUGUGGCUGUAAAGUAGUUUAGAUAAUAAUACACAUAUUUUGUUUUAGCCUUUAACUGAACAGCAUAGAAGUGUGAAUGGAUAUUUGAACAUCAGUCAUUGGACCGAUAUUUAGAGAUUGAUAAAAACUGAAAAUAGCAAUGACAUUGUAAGGUGGUGACACUUCAGUCAGUGAUGAGGCCAUUUUCUUUCUGUCUUAGCAGUUUGGUUGUAGAUUUCUGUACAAGCUACCUGAGGACAUUUUGUAAAUAUAUUUUUGUUGUUGUUAUUUUUGUUUGUUGUUUUGAGUACAUUUCCCUUGUCCUCUACUACCCUUGUUCCUUGUGGUCCUCCUUAGGUUGUCUUUAUAUCUUACAGCAGUAGUACUGAACAUUGCUUCCACACAAGUACAAUAUAUUAUUACUAUCUUGCAAUCUAUGGUUGCCAUUACUAUGAGCAUUUAGGGACAUUUAGAGAAUAUGAGCCCAGGAAAUCAAUUUCACGGAUAAUAUGUCACAUUGUAUGCCUGUUUUGAUUAAAUGUAUUUUCAAUCUCUGUGUUUGACCCCAGAUAUGUCAGAUUAGUUUUUCCUGGUAAAUUGUCUUUGUAGUAGUGCUAUUCACUGAGGUUUUUCUGAGCAGAAAUAAUGAUAAUAUUGUUUAAGUACAGAAAUGAAAAGGAUCUCUAUAUUGCUCAAUGCUUGAACUGAACUAUGGGGGUGUGGGGUGUUUGACAAUGUGAAGGAAUUAACAGAUUUAGGAUGUUUUGUUGUUGACAUAAGCUGUGGUCUGUGCACUUUAUUAUGUUAUUUUUUAACACUUUACAGAUAAUCCUAAAUAACACGGAUCUUAUAUUUAGAAACACAUAGCUAGUAUAUUUAUAUUAAAGUAUAUUUUAUAGGCCUGAUGCCCUGUUACUUUCUACAUAGAAAACCCUGUGUGUACAGAAUAAGGGAGAAAAAAAAAAAGAUUUUUACUUUAUAUUAAAAUUAUUCAAGUCUUA